CAAUAAUUACAACCUACAAGAAUUGCGCUACCUAAAUCCAUUUCAGAUAUACUCUGUCCUGUUUUUAAUGAACCAAACUUAACGCCAUCCCCGUUUCUGGCUGCAUUCCCCUCAUACUCAGCAGAGCAUGGGCAAGACGGCUGUUGUGUUCUUUCCUGCAGCAGCAAUGCAAACGUUAGUUAUAAAUUAAUUAGACUUUAAUAUUUUUGGUGUUUAAUGACAAAAGUUUUUAAACUGGACAUAUUAGGAAAAAUAUUUUUUUUAGCUCAGCAUGCUGAGUCCGGUACUGUGUAUUUCACCAGUACAUGCCUCUAACUCAGCAUUUGGGGCUCAUAUUGCCCAGUGGCUGGGUUAGAGGUGCCUUGCCAUGAUCUCAGAGUACAGUCUGUUGAAUUAUCCUAGAUGAAAAUAAAGGCAAAUCAACACAUUCAUCCAUCAGGAUUUUGGUCCAUUCCAUUUAUUUUGUUUUAUUUUGCAUUUUUAAUUAAUUUCCUUUUUAAUUAAUUUAAUAAAUACUGUUUGAACUCUGAGCUUAGGGAAGACAACUACCAAGAAAGGCCAGGAACAGUUUACACAGUGAAGAUUCCAUGCAAAAUGUUCAAUAUUGGAUCUAAAGGGGUUCAAAAUGUUUCAUACUAAACUGUUUGGGAAUAUAUUUGUUAGUUAACUCUGUGUACACCUAAUAAAAUUCAAUGUUUUCUUCUCAGAAGAGUUCAUUGAGACCAAACUGAACCUCAUUUACUGAAAAUUAUAUGUGGGAUCAAUGUACUGGCCUCUUGUUAUUCUUUCUUUCUAUGUGGGAGGAUGACCCAGUCAUCAUUUUCCCCAUCUGCACUGUAUUUAUUGGGAAAUUAUUUUGUCACUGCUUUCAUAAAUCUUCAUGACAGCCCUUGCCCAGCAUUAAAAAAUUCUGGCCUGCUUAGCUGAUUAAAGGUUUAGUAUAAAUUUAACUGUUUAUGCUUAUUUCAUUUUCAUAUUGGAUUCUACUUGAAUAAAUAAAAAGUUAGCAGAACGUUUGAGUAGAUUUAUUGUCAAUGAUGCUAAAUUAUAAAUGUAACAAAAUGAUUCCUUUGGUCAUUUUUGAUUUGGUGUUAUGUCAUCUUGAAGCCUAUUGUUUUAAACAGGAUCAGUUAAAAUAUAUUAGAUAACUUCCAUUAACCAAUUAUUUUCAGAAAACGUAUAUCCCAUAAUAUGUGGCCAACUGAGUCAUUAACUUGUAAUCCAAUCAAUCAAAUGGGCUUAUAGACACUACUUACAGCAACACAUCACACACAUCACACAUUAGAACACACACACACACACACACACACACACACACAGAGCAAACACCCCCAUGUAUUUGUUACUGAUAAUCAGCCCUACUUGCUGGUUUCUUUUUCCCCUGCAAGUCUGUUUAUUGGUUUAAAUUAAGACAAGAUUUAUUUUUGUAAAAGUGACUGAGAUUUAUGUAAAUGUGUAUCUAUCUAUCUCUGUUGUGUUUUAUAUAUGGGGUGUCUAUAAGGGCAUUUAUCCCCAUGAAGGAUGCAAAUACUUUUUCUUCUAAUAUAAGUUUAGACAUAUUGCAGAGGGGUCCUUGUUAUUUGUAAUUGAGUUAGUCAUUUACUUGGUGUCUGGUCUCAGCUGUUGCAUGGGAAGAGGACAGCAAUGAUGAGCUGCAUGUAGUAGGUACCUGUGUAUCAAGAACUGUUGGUAUGUAUUGCUAAUUUGCAUACGAAGAGUUUGUCUGCAUUGUAGUUUCUGUGUUUAAUAUCAUUUGUUGUAUUCACAAAUACAACAUAGUGAAUAAAAUAUUUAUAUGAAGGCAUAUUAAAAAACAUCAAACAACUUUAUGUAACAAAAUGGCAUUGCAUUACUCACCAAUAUAGAGACAUGUCAUGUAAAUAAGUUGGUAAACUCAAUUUCCCCCUUUACCAUGCCAAAGAAAAUUUUAGCUCUCUGAGGAUACCUCUCUUGCUAUUUGUUUGGGAUAAGACUUCACCAUUUUUUUCCCCUCAGAAAUUAAGUUUGCUGUUAUUAAGUAAGUGCAAUCUCUCACUACUGAUGUUCCGUAUAGUAAAUCUGAUGGAAUUCAUUUGUAUUUAAAGACCGUGUGUUUUGUACCUCCAUGUGCAUAUGUCCAUUGUAUCAAGUCUCUAUAAUACUCCAUUCCUUCUGCAUGCAUAUCUGGUGUGGGAGAGUUAUUUCUACUGAUUUGUUAUAGUAGCUGAUUGCUUUGCCAGUCCCUCAGCAAUGCUCAGAAAUGUUGUUUUGGUAUUUCAAGUGAAAACAUUUUUUUUUUCUAAUAUAAGAUUGCUUUUUAAAACAUUUUGCUACCACUUGGAAAAAUUAAUUAGAGAAGACAUGAAAAUUCUCCACCCUAUGUAAAGAGCAAAAUGGAACUGAACAUCAUUUCAUUACAAAUCCUGAAGAAUUUGGAGAUUCUUGCUCUAAAUGUUUGUUUGCUUGUCCUGAAUGUUUUUGGGUAGGAGUGGCUUAAAGAGAUUCACAAUGGGUCCAAAGGACUCCCGCUCCAGUUCUUCUAGUAGUUUAGUUUGCCUCUUGGGGAGCAAGCAGAAGUUCUUUAUCAUACCUAGCCACGUGCUUAAUUAAUGCUUUAAGCACUAAAAGUUAUUUUUAUCAGGAUGAACAAUAUCAGAUUUGGUUGUCUUUAAAAGCAAAAACCAAAAACUUCUUAUUCUUUAAGUUAGACAUGUAUCACUUCACUUAAAAUUAUCUCCCUAAUAUUGUGGAUCAUUAAUAUUUGAUACAUAUUCAAAAAGAGACCACAUUGACUAACAUCCAGUUGAGAAGAAGAUGAUGAAAAUAAUUGAAAUUUUUUUUUCCAUUUUAAUUCAGAACAAGGCUAUAUCAAGGGAAAGCGACUGGGCUAAAUCCUCAAUUUUUUUUCCAAAAUGCAAUGCAGGCAUAUCAAAACCCAGGAUGUACAUUGUAUUACUUUGAGUGAAAUAGUAGUCAUAGCUGAGGUUUCUUAGCCUACAAUGUGACUGACAUAGGGCCUGUUGACUCUCUUGAACAUGGAGUAGGGUUUCAAAGUGUUGACAGUUGAGUCUGCAAACUAAGGCUGAGUUAUAUUUUAGUUUUUUUUUUUUUUCCUGGUUUUCACUAAGUCUAAUUCCAAUGUCUACUGGCAGAGAUUGUAUUUGCAUUUGAGGUAGUGGAGGGCAGUACUUCCAAAGUGCUGUUGGAAUCCAGAUAAACUCAAGGAGCCCAGAAAGACAACGGGCAUACUGGCUCUCCUCUUAUGACUUAGCACUUUAGUUGACUUUUUUGAAAAAGUCCUUGGGUGGAAUACCUCAGUGAUGAUUUGCCAAACAAGCAGAGUUAGUUAGUGCCAACACCUUCUCUAAACUUGUUGCAUCCCUUCCAAUUGACGUUAAUCCCACUGCAACUUCCUAAAAACAGGAACGAGCCAAUGAGAUUUGCUUAUUUUCUCUCACCCAUUACAAGUUUGUUCUUGCCCUGCUUGUUUUUUAGAGGGAGUUUCUAUCGUAGAGUUGAAAAUCACAUUUAAGAAGGAAAGAGUUUAUGUCUUUACAUGUAACUAUUUUAUUUUUUCCAAUCUAAAUUCAAUCACUUCUUAAUAGAUAUAUUGGUGUUUGCAUUGCUGGCAUCAAAACCACACAUACACACACAAACACACACAUACACACAAAGAAACAUAGUGGACAGAAAUAAGUAAAAAUAAAAUAUUUCUGUUUUCAAAGAAAAAGCAUUCCUUAGAGUUUAGGUACCAUUAACUUACUUAUACUAUAAUACAGUUCCGGUACUAUGGUUUCUAACUAAAUGAACACGAGAACAGAGCUGACUAUAUUUUCAUCUUUGUCCAAAAUUUUAGACGAAUCACAUUUUGAACUUUAUGGUAUGAUAAUUUCUCCAAUAUCUAAAUUCUUUUUCUGAGAAAACAAACGCUGAGGACAUUUUUGACACUCUUCUUACAUGAGACUAUGAAAAAGAGCAGCACUUUUGUUGUAGUUGUUGUUGUUAAUAAAAAGGAUGAUAACAUACAGAGGAUUAUAAGAAAAAUAAGACAUACCUGAGGUUUUGUGAUGAGCUAUAGAGAAUCAAGGGCAGUUCCAGCGGAGCUGAGGCUGACAAAGUACUGCCCAGCUGCCAGCCAAAUCCACCCUUACUUUCUUUUUGUGUGGCCUGGGAGCUCAGAAGGAAUUUUUAUUUUUUUUUACAGCUUUAAAAUAUUAAACAGAAACCAACAAAGAAUAUGAGACAGGGACGUACGUGGUCCGUAAAGUUUAACUUUCUGAUCCUUAAUAGGAGGAUAAGCGCCGUGAUAGAGAAAUCCAAAGGUCAUUUGUAUUAUGAUGGCUAGAUAAUGUAAUGAAUUCCAAUGUCUGUGCAUCAGCAAAUACGUCAUCAAAAUUGCUACAAAACAAUAAUAAUAGGUUGUUUGCAGCUUAAAAUGUUUAGGUAGUGAAGAGGAAAGAAUAUAACCUACAUUAUUUAUUGACUACUUAUAUUUCCCUCAUUUUAUGAAAGAGAUAUAUCAAUUUACAUACUCAAUAAUAGAACUACAACAUGGUUGCACUCCUUAAUCUCAGGAUAGAGAUAACAAUUUUUAUAAAUCGAUUACAUUAUGAGAACAUUGUUAGUACUAUAAAAAUCAGCAUCAGUUAAAUGUUCUCUUAAAAUAAUUUUCAAUAUUAAAUUUUUAAGUAACUCAGUGGAUGCAUAUUUUCCUUAUUUUUGGAAAUUUGACUAUAAAGUUUAAGCCAUGACUCUAGAAUAUUUACAUCAUUAAAAUAAAAUUUCCAGGUAAAAAUUUUCAUCUUAAAGUAAUAUGGAAAUGAUUUUGCUACAUUAUUCUAGGAUUUUACAAAAUAAUUCACCUUUAGAAAACAAGUGGUUUUUUUAGCUCUAAAUAAUUAAAGGUUGCCUAAACUAAUGUGUAUAAGUAGAUUUACCUGUAAAUAUGUAAGGGAAGUCCCAAUUAUUGUACACUUUCAUAAUUCAAUGUGAAUUUCAUACAAAGCAAAGUUUCACCAUUAAGAAAAUAAACAUUUUGUUCCUA